AAUUAAUUUUAGCCAUAAAUCGUCUUUUGGCUAUUUUAUAUCCGUUAACAUAUCACCGCAUCUUUAAUCCAAGAAAUGCUCGAAUAACAGUUGUAUCUCUGUGGUCAUUUAGCAUGCUAACCACAACGCUUUAUUAUAAUGUUGAAUGCGCAUGGUACUUCGAAGCAGCUGUUUAUUCAUGGUCAACUCUGUACGGACCAUGUCAAUACUCUUUUCUUGCUUAUAUUGCUAUGUUCCUAUCCGAUGGCAUCAUCCUUAUCACCGUUAUCGUUAAUGCAAUUGCUUUUUACCGCAUCGUCGCCUAUUUAAAGGAAAAAAAGCGCCAGGAAAUUAUUACAACACAAGAAAGCUUAGACCACGAUAUCUUAUUUUUCAAAGAGACAUGCGUCACUACAAUCACACAUGCAUUUCUCAUUGUUCUUUUCCGCAUUGUCCGCAUUAAUGGACACUUCGAAUCACGUGGGAUUAAAGUAAUGUAUAUGUGGCUUAUAAUGAGCGCAUUAGACGGGUAA